AGAUGCAACAUUUCACAAAAAGCCUAUCUUCAAUUAUUCUCUGCAUCCUCUCUGGUGUGCUCUGAUCAGUGAAUUUCAAAUUUCAGAUCUCUCUCUCAUUCUGUAAAAUGGGAAUCUCUUUCUCGAUACCUUGUGAUCCGUGUGUAAAUAAAAUCUCCGACUGGCUAGACGAGAAAGUAGCCUGUAUACACAAUCUCAAGAAGAAUCUCAAGGCUCUGGAGACAAACAUGGAAGACCUCAAGGCUAAGUGGGAUCAUUUGUCAAGUAGGGUCACAAGAGAAGAGGAUAGAGGUCUACAAAGGCUUGCCGAAAUCCAGGUAUGGUUUACUAGAACUGAGACUGUAGGAAAAGAAGUUAACGAGCUUCUUAGUGCUAGAGAUGAUGAACUUCAAAGUCUGUGUCUUUGUGGGUUUUGCUCUAAGAGUUUAAUAUCAAGCUAUCGUUUUGGGAAAAGGGUUGUCAUGACGUUACGAGAGGUUGAGAAACUCAAAAGUGGUGGAGUUUUCGAAGUUGUUGCUGAGCAGGCUCAAACACCUGAGGUGCAGGAAAGACAACUUCAACCGACAAUUGUUGGUCAAGAAAUAAUGCUCGAUGAGGCUUGGGAACAUCUCAGGAAAGAUGGUGUUGGUAUUAUGGGUCUGUAUGGUAUGGGCGGAGUAGGAAAAACAACGCUUCUGGAACAAAUCAACAAUAAGUUCAGUGAAGAAAGGUGUGGAUUUGACUUUGUGAUUUGGGUUGUGGUGUCUAAAGAGUUACAUGUAGAGAAGAUUCAAGAUGAAGUCGCUCGAAAAGUUGAUCUUGGUGGAGGGGAGUGGAAAGAGAAGGAGAAGACACAAAAGGCCGAUGUUUUAUUCACUUUCUUAAAGAAAAAGAAAUUUGUGUUGUUUUUAGACGACAUAUGGGAGAAGGUGGAAUUGAAAGAGAUCGGAAUCCCGUUUCCAACAGCACAAAACGGAUGCAAACUGGCAUUUACCACUCGUUCCCAGGAUGUGUGCGCACACAUGGGGGUCAAGGACCCAAUGGAAGUCCAAUGCUUGGAGGAAAAUAAAGCAUUUGAUUUGUUCCAAAAGAAGGUUGGACCAAUAACACUAGGAAGUGAUCCGGAUAUCCCUGAUCUUGCAAGAAAAGUUGCUAAAAAAUGUUGUGGGCUACCAUUGGCGCUCAAUGUUGUAGGGGAGACCAUGUCAUGCAAGAGAACGGUACAGGAAUGGCGCCACGCUAUAGAUGUUUUGACUUCAUACGCUGUAGAGUUUUCUGGCAUGGAAGAUAAGAUCCUUCCGCUUUUGAAGUAUAGCUACGAUAAUCUUAAGGGGGAGCAGGUCAAAUCGUGUUUGCUAUAUUGCGCAUUAUUUCCAGAAGAUGGUAAUAUUCGAAAGGAAACAUUGAUAGACUACUGGAGCCAAGGGAUUAUUGAUGGAAGUGAAUGUGUUGAAAAGGCUGAGAACGAGGGUUAUGGUAUAAUCAAUAGUCUUGUUCGUGCAUCAUUAUUGAUGGAGGUUCGGUGUAGAAAAGAUAUUGUGCGUAUGCAUGAUGUUAUUCGUGAAAUGGCCUUAUGGAUUGCAUCUGACUUGGGGAAAGAAAAAGAGGCAUUCAUCGUGCGUGCAGGCGUUGGGUUACGUGACAUGCCAAAGGUUAAGAGUUGGAAAGUUGUGAGGAAGAUGUCACUGAUGAAGAACCAGAUUCACCAUCUCGAUGGCAGUGGUGUAUGACUUGAACUCACAACUUUGCUCCUCCAAAGCACGAAUUUGGCAAAAAUAUCGAGUGGAUUUUUCAACUCCAUGCCAAAGCUAGUUGUUUUGGAUCUAUCGAAUAAUAGAAAUCUUUCAGAGUUGCCUGAAGGAAUAUCAAAAUUAGUUUCCUUGCAAUAUCUCAACUUAUCAAGAACUGCUAUCACUCAUUUGUGUAAGGGUCUACAACAGUUGAAAAAACUAAUUCACUUGGAUUUGAGGGAAACAAGUGAACUUUCCAGUAUGGCUGGGAUAUCAAGUCUGCACAAUUUGAAAGUUUUGAAAUUCUCAGGUUCUGCUUUUUCAUGGGGUUUUGACACAGUAAAGGAGUUGGAAAGUUUGGAGCAUUUAGAAAUUAUAGACACGGGAUUUUUUGAUCUCUCACAAGGUUUCGAGGAAUUUUCGAGCUCUCAUAGGCUAAUGAAUUGUACACGAUCUGUAAAGCUUCGGUAUUGCGGGGAUGGUUUGCAUUCAUCUGAAAUAUCUCUUCCAGUAACUAUGGACAAGCUUUGGUGUAUCAGAAUUGAGGAUUGCAGUAUCUCUGAGAUAAAGAUGGUAAACAUCGAAACCAAGAUGGUUUCUCCUCUACACAAUCCAAGAAGCCCACGCUUCUUCCGCCUCUCCGACGUGGGUAUAAAGAGAUGCAGAUACUUGAGGGAGUUGACCUUUCUGAUGUUCGCUCCAAAUCUUAAAAGUCUUACUGUUUUCGAGUCACCUGAACUAGAAGAUAUAAUACACAAAGAGAAAGCUUGCGAAGGUAAAGAAUCAGAGAUUGAUCCAUUUCGAAAGCUGAUUUCUCUUGAGUUGUGUGAUCUACCGGAGCUGAAGAAUAUCUAUUGGAGUCCUCUAUGCUUUCCAUGUCUAGAGAGAAUCGACGUAACCAAUUGUCCAAACCUGAAAAAGCUUCCACUCGAUUCCCAAAGUGGCACGCAUGCUGGAAAUGGACUCAUCAUAAGAUACAAAGAGAAAGAGUGGUUUGAUGGUGUGGAAUGGGAGGACGAAGCUACCAAAACCCGUUUCUUACUUUCAUCAUGCCCACAGCCAUCAGAGAGAAGAAAGCUCGUCUACUGAGGCAGAAGCUGAAGAAGCCAUCCAAGAACUUUUCCCUCUCUCUCUCUCUCUGGGUUGCUUCCCGUGAAGUCACUAUCACUCUUUGUGUGUUGCUUUAUGUUGAAUAACAUCAAUACUUUGGUUUAUCCCAAAGAGAAAUUUCUUUCCAAUUGUUACAUUCUGUGAGUCCUCUGCCUACUGCUGCAUUCUGUAAAAUCACUACCACUCACUAUGUGUUGCUUUAUGUGAGUUCUUUUCUUAUUUGGAUCGACAUUAAUAUAAGUUUUCAUACACAAA